AUCCCAAAUUAAUCAAAAUCAUUUAUUAUCUCAUGUUUUUACACUUGCAAUGCUAUUUUUUAAGUCAUGCUUGUGUGUUUAAAGUGAUGAUAAAGUCUUCAGUGAUUAACACAGGUUCAUGUUAUGGAAUAGAAAGAUCCCACAAGGAGAAAUUAUUUGGAAACACAUCUCUUGUUUUCCAAAAUAAAUGAUAUGUGCAUCUUUGGAACAGUGUGUAUUAAUAAAGCACUACAUGAAAUUGAAUUUCACAAUAAACAUCUUUAUUUUUUAGUUUAGAUUGAAUGAUCGUAGAAUGUUUGCAGUAGAGGGUCAUUUAGGUGAGACCUCACUCUUCUCACAGAAACGGAUCAUCAGUGAUGCACAAGGAAAUACCAGGAGCAUUUGCUUGAACAUUUCGUUAUUCAAACCAGCGCUUUUCAAACAUCAACCCUGCGGGGGAAUUGAUUUAAAGCUGAUUUUAUACUGAGCACCAAACCCAGACAUUCGUUUCUAUUCUUCGGUCUCAUUGUCAUAAUGCAGCUGGAUUUGCUCAUAUGUCACAAUAAUAAGAAUUUAUUAUCCAACUUGACUUGAAUGUUUUAUUGCCUCUGUUACUGAUUAUCACACACCUUGUAAAAUGUUCAAAUAAUUUAUGAAGUCAAAGUCUCCUCCAGAUGCAAACAAUAAAACAAUCAAACGCUUGCGUUCACUGGAGCGUCACAAUACAUCAAGGAUCAUGUGUUCCAGGACAACCGCAUCUUCUUGCCUGUACACGGUAACGCCUGAGAUCUCCGAACACCUUUUCUAUUUACGUGUGCAUGUAUGACCCGUGUGUCCAUGGCAAUAGUGUAGUGUUCGCAUUUCUACAGCUGUACAGAUUUUACCCCUCCAUUGUCAGGUGGACAAUGCAGCGCCCCUCCCUCCAUGCUGACCCGGGGCUUUUACUGGGCCCUUUGCCAGGGGAGGCUUUAAAAGGGUAGUUGCACAUGCCAGCCUCCACUCUCACAUCAGGACGUCCCAAGGGCAUCGAAGCGAGGUGAGUUCUUUCGCACUCUUGCUUCAGCUCUCCGGCCCUCAUACACUGUCUCUGUCCACACUCCCCCCGUUCACAGACACGUGCCCGGCCGCUAGCAUGACCAUGAGCUGCCGCUCUCAGACCUGAGACUGUUUGUCGAUUAGUUGACUUUGGUUCAGUUGAUCACCUGCAUGUGUUAUGGUGUGGUGCUUGCAUUUGGAAGUGAUCUAUAAUAUAUCAUUUGUCCAUGAUGAAUCAAACGUUUCAUGCGACUUUGAUUUGCUUGUUCUAACUUGUUUUUUGUUUUUGCCACAGACAAGAUGACUCACCAUUGCACCAAGUUCUCUGGCCAUUGGAAGAUCAUCGUGUACGAUGAGGAAUGUUUCCAGGGUCGCCACCAUGAGUUCACCUCCGAAUGCUGCAACGUCAUGGAGUUCGGGUUUGAGACCGUGCGCUCGCUGAGAGUCGAGAGCGGAGCGUGGGUGGGAUACGAGCACGGAUCUUACCAGGGUCAUCAGUUUGUGCUGGAGCGUGGAGACUACCCUCAGUGCGAUGCCUUUGGAGGAAGCAACGCUUACCACAUCGAGAGGAUGACCUCCUUCAGACCCAUCUCCUGCGUCAACCACAGGGAGAGUAGAAUGACCAUCUAUGAAAGGGAAAACUACCUGGCCCGUAAGGGUGAGCUGAGCGACGACUACCCCUCUCUUCAGGCCAUGGGAUGGUGCAACAAUGAAGUUGGAUCUAUGCGUGUUCAGUCCGGAGCGUUCGUGUGCUACCAGUACCCUGGUUACCGUGGAUACCAGUACAUCAUGGAGUGUGACCGCCACUGUGGGGAGUACAAAAACUUCAAGGAGUUUGGCUCCCAUUGCCAGACCCCUCAGAUUCAGUCCAUCCGACGUAUCCAGCAGUAACUUUACUCCUCCCCGUCUCCCUGACAAACCCCUCAUGCCCCUUUCUGCCCGGUGCUAAAUAAACUGUCUUUCUUAAACUUCAUUGACCUCUUGUUAUACAUCGGUGUCCAGAUAGGGUUGUUCAUUCAAAGCUCAGUGCAGGUAAAAGCUUAUUCGUGCCAUGAAGAAAUAAAGUGAGCAUGGAUUUAAAACUGCUCAUAUUAGUAUAAAAAGUUUAAAACACAAAAUCUAUUGCAUUCGUGCCUAUCUGUGUGUCACUCACUGGUAAUGAAGUCAUGCACUAGCAGUCGUGUUCAGCCAGAGGGCGCAAUAAACCCACAAGGCAAAAUCAUUACAGACCAACUCAAUCAGCUUUACUGAGCAAAUAAAUAUAUUUAUAAUACUGCCCGAUCUAAAACAUGUCUGAGCUGGAGUGUUAUCGUAUAUCAUAUGAUCCGGGACUGAACGCACAAGCCCAAACAAGAAACUUCAUUGCGCUUCGUGCAGUGUUGAUAAAAGAGGUGGGAUGCGCUUACACAACGAUUUGUGUUCAGAUAACAUUUGCGCAUUCGGCUUACUGUCCCAAACCACUUUACGAAUCCAACUAUGGAGAAACCUACGUUCAUGAACAUCACUUACGUAGUGACGUUCAUCCAGUACUGAACGGAUUUGGGGAAGGCGUGACUCGUGAAUGUAAAUAAAGUGACGUCGCCGCGCGCUCCAGGAUGGUUACUAAGCAACGUCAGUACGAUCUCAUUUGUAAUUAGAACGUAGACCUUCACCGUAGUAGGUUGUCAUUUUGCGAAACUCUUAGGAAAAUUAACCACGAUUUUAAAACAAAAAAAACUUUAGCCGAGGUAUUUGUAGUACAACUGUGGACCUACGAUCUACUUUCCACGUGAUUACUAACAGUUACGCGGAUAUAAAGCUGUAUUCGAGAGACGUAAAAAGUAUAAAGGAUGAUCACAAAAAUAUAAAUAAAAACUCAUAUUUAUGUCAUGUGUGAUUAGACCGUUUCAAACCGUUUCUGACUUGUCUUGUGAAUCCCGUUCCGUCUCACCGCGAUACUCCAGUGCCUGGUUUUGUGAGUCCGGCGCCGGGUUUUGCAGCGGAUCGGUCGUUGGGAGGAAGUGCAGCUCUCUGAAGAGACUCAAUUUCACUUCACGACGCGCUGUGGGGCACAGCUCACACCAAGCACUAAAAACAUAAAAUAGUCGUAUAUUACUAUAAGGAUUAAUCGUUGGGUUAUGUCAAAAGGCACUCGAUCCCCGAGGAUCUGAACGGAAUCGGACGGAAGGGUUUUACGCGGACGGAUAUUGUGUUUUCGUUGGACGAUGUCGGAAGAGAUGAAGACUUGGAUCUGCGACCCAAACACGGAUGGAAAAGACAAGACUAGUUUCUUUCGGCAAUAACAUCGGGAAAUCCAAAUCGAGCCUUUUUUGAAGGAAGGUACAUCCAGAGACCCCCGCACGAGCCGUGAAGACGCAGAGUGGGGUUCAGAGACACGUCGUGGUGGUGUUGUUUUAAUAACUCGGUUUCGACCAUGAGAGUUUGAGACAUGCAUGUGAAGUUCCGCAAGAUCUAGAACAGAGAUCGUUUCUCGUUGUAUGUUUUACAUUCGUUGUGGACCAAAGUUUGACCGCAGUAACUGAUUUCUGUGCGUUUCGUCGGACCACGUUUUGUGGACCCAUCGAGUCUUUCUGUUUUUUUUUUU